UUUAGAGCUCCGAGUGGAUCACCGGCAGAAGAACUCACACACAAACACACCGGAGGGAUUACCGGGAUCUGUACUUGGAGGAUGUGUGGCAUGGACGUGGACUUGGACGAUGGCGGCUCAGGCGAGGAGGAGAAAGAGGAGGAGUUCUGGAUCGGGGAGGGAGUGAAGAUGCUGCCCCCUCCCGUGGCCCACAGUGAGGGCAGUGCGUGGGGCAGCCGCAGGGGCAGGUUUGGCUGCGUGGCCUGCGGGGCAGCUCUCAUCCUCUGGGACCUGUGUGUCAUCCUCGCCAGUGCUUUGCUCCUGGCUCUGGUCUUCUCGGUGGUGCUGCUGCCCGCAGUGCUGCUGCUGUACGCUGGUUUCUUGUGCCACUCCAGGGUCCUUGACGCCCCCUCUGCCAUCUGCCGUUACCUUGACGACAACAGCUGCUCCGCCCUCAUCAUCCUGGGUUUCGUGAUGAUGUCGCCGCUCGUGGUUGUGGCCGCCGCCAUUUUCUGCGGGCUGCUGCGACGGUUUCGACUAAUGCUGCUCAUUCAGCCGAUCACGCGCGCCUGGUACCGAGGGCGGAUGCUGGACUGGGCGGGCAGCGUCCACGCUUGGGUCUGAUCAAGACGAAGCACGAGGCGCUGACAGUCGGGAUGUGAAAGUUGGAUUUGUUCAAAUUCAACCGGAGAGAUCGAAUUGGUAGACAAAAUAACAGAAACGCCUCACAAUGUAAUUCAUUCAAAAGUCUGAGAGUUGUUGACUCAACUAGCUUAGAUGCUACGUCUUAAAGACGGAGUCUGGCCUUUCGGCAAAUAAUUUUUUCAGAUUCUUUCUGAGAGUUAGUUCAUAUGAUAAGUAUAUAUAUAUAUAUAUAUAUGUAUACAUAACUUCAGUUAGUGUAACAAUCUCUGCUGACGGCCUGGCAACCACAAAGUGUGCACAAGAUACCAGGUUGUCAGUUGCCUUGGUCCAGUCCGCUGAGUCUGCCCAUGUUGACCGCUUCGUCCGUCAUUGUGACACGAAACAGCGGUUUCUCGAUUAAAAACCAAGCCAACACUGUGGUUUGUUGUUCCUUUGCCUCAUGUUCACACAUCAGUGUUGACUCUCAGGUGGAUCCAUUGGUUUCAGGCAGGUAGUCAGUGCUGUUGUCAAGAACCUCCCCAUAAAACCUCAAUGUAUUGUUUUUGCCUUUGGGGUUGUGUUCAGAUUGAACCAAUAAGAUGUAACAUAUCACAAACUGGUUUAUCAUGGUCGUGUUCAAUUAGAGUUUGUGUAUAUAACUAAGCUGUUUGUGAUUUUGUUUUGCCUGUUUGCUAACUAUGUUGAUGUGAUUACAUGUGGGACUUUCUCUGAAAUAUUUUGAUGUGAAGUUCUUUGUGGUAAUGCAUUAGAAGUCUCGCAAAAAGUCAAAACAUAACUGCAAACAUUAGAUUUGUUGUGUUGAGUUGUUUCACUUAGUCCAGGAUGUUGGGCUCAAUUCCUCGGCACCAUUAAACACUCACAACAGGGUGAAUAAUGUAACUGGACUAAUAUCGUCUGUGAGAUGAAUUAUAUGGAUGAUAAUGUUUGUUUCACUGAUGUAGCAUCAUUGCCAGUCAUGUGUUGUGUGAGGGAGGGAAAUAAAUGAUACAUAUAUUUGUAAGAGGAUCUUUUCAUAUCACAUUGUGCCAUAAUAAAAAACAAACUGCAUUUUAAAAACAACUGAAGUUGACAGGACGACAAAGUAAUGCCUGUUCAGUGGAAGCCAUUUCUUAAAGUGAGAUGUGUAUCAUCAGACUGGGAGCUGAUUCAAAUUUAAAUCAAAUCAAAUUCAUCAGUGACACAUCCUUUUUAUCUGCGUGUCCGUGUUCCGUAAUUUAGUGUUCAGAAUUUAUGUUUAAUUUCUCAAAUGGAAGCCUUGAGUCACUGAGCAGCAGUUAUUGCGUCUACUCUGCCAGUGUUAUAUCAUCCUGAAAUGUCUGUGUGAACAUAUUUAUUUGUUACCACCAGUCCUGUUAUUGAUCCUACAUUGUAUAUCAAAUGUUUGUUAACAAAAAUGAUAACCUGUUAGUUUGAGUAUUUUUAAAGAACUAGGAAGAACAUUUUUCUUUUUUGUUGUUGCUAGUUCUAUGGUAAAUAUCACAAUGUUUUGGCAUUUUUUAUUGUUCAGCUUUUAAUUUUAGUGCCAUCAACAAAUCAACAUAAGAGGUUGUUAUAUUCAGACCUUACACCAAUAAAAAUAAUGCUUUUUUCUCAGUG